CAAUGACAAAAAAAAGGACAAGUUAGAGAUGGAGAGAGAGUGAAAUUAUGAGUCAUUGAAAAGAAAAGAGAGAAGCAAGUGGUUAGAGAGAGAGAGAGGAAAGGAAGGGUGUUAAGGAGAGGGUGAGAUGCUUUCGGCUAAGCUUGCUCAAACUGGCCUCGUCUAUGCUGUAUUGGGCAGUUGAGGAAUACAAAGAUCUUUGAACAUCUCCUUUACUACAUUUUUGCAACACCUACCUCUCUCUCUCUUCACUCGUCCUAGGUUUGAUUUUCUUCUCUCAAUUCCCAACCUCGCUAGCCGCAUCUCCAUUAUUUUAUUCUCAGACCGCGACAACAUACCCCAACACAAAUUAAAAACAAAAGAGAGAAAGCUUUGGUCUUUUCUCGGGAGAGUGGGAAUCACAAUCACAAACACAAACACAAACUCAAACACAAACCUUGGUGAAUGCUAGAAUGUGGGAUCUCAAUGACUCACCCGAUCAGAGGAAGCUCGACGAGGAAUCCGAAGGCUGUUCCUCCCUCAAGACUUCCAUCGACGGGGACGAUGAUAACAACAACAAAGGCAAAAGGGUUGGAUCUGUUUCCAAUUCCAGCUCUUCCGCGGUGGUCAUCGAGGACGGAUCAGAAGAAGAGGAAGAGGACGACGAAGAAGAACAUGGUGGUGGUGCUGGUGGUGGUGGAAGAAGAACAACCAUGAAGAAACGAAGCAGCAAGAUUUUCGGCUUUUCUGUCACCCCAGAUGAAGACUCCAUGGACAGUGACCUCCCACCUGUCACCAGGCAAUUUUUUCCGGUCGACGAUGCUGACGUGGCGGUUGCAUCCGGCGCUGCUACCGGAAGCUCCACGUUCCCUCGUGCUCACUGGGUCGGUGUCAAAUUUUGCCAAUCGGAAACACUCGGUGCUGGAAAAUCAGUCGAAGUUUCUCAGCCUAUGAAGAAGAGUCGCCGAGGACCAAGGUCGAGGAGUUCUCAGUAUAGAGGAGUCACCUUUUACCGAAGAACGGGUCGGUGGGAGUCUCAUAUAUGGGAUUGCGGAAAGCAAGUGUAUCUAGGUGGAUUUGACACAGCACAUGCAGCUGCUCGUGCGUAUGAUAGAGCGGCCAUUAAGUUCCGAGGAGUGGAGGCCGACAUAAACUUCAACAUUGAAGAUUAUGAAGACGACUUGAAGCAGAUGAGCAAUCUGACCAAGGAAGAGUUUGUACACGUGCUACGCCGACAAAGCACUGGAUUUCCGAGAGGGAGCUCCAAAUAUAGAGGUGUAACUUUGCACAAGUGUGGAAGAUGGGAGGCUCGAAUGGGCCAAUUUUUAGGGAAAAAGUACGUUUAUUUGGGUCUCUUUGACACCGAAAUUGAAGCUGCAAGGGCUUAUGACAAAGCAGCCAUAAAAUGCAACGGCAAAGAGGCUGUCACCAAUUUUGAUCCCAGCAUCUACGAGAACGAGCUUAAUUCCGAAUCCACAGGUAACGCUGCAGCAGAUCACAAUCUGGAUUUAAGUUUGGGCAAUUCAAGUUCAAAGCCUAGCAAUAAUCAAGCAUUGGGGAAUCACGCCUCAAAUGCUGCAACUGCAACCCAUGAUCAGCACCUGCCAUCUGAAUCUAAUUGGCGGAAUGGGGGAAGCAAGCCUAAGCUGGUGAAUAUACUCCCAAAACCAUGUCACAGAAGCAACAAUAAGGACGCACAUGGAAGGGAUGUGCACGGGGAGAGUGAAGCAUUGCGCAUGCUAAGUCAAACCCACCUUCAUUCUCCAGCCUCCAAUGAAAUGCAAAGAUAUGGUCCCUACAGGUCUCCUGGAGGAGAGUCUCAAAUGCUUCAAAAUUUUGCUCAUAUUCACCCACCAAAUUUUCAUUUUCCUAGCAGCAGCAUUGGAGGCCGUAUUGGAAGUGAUCUUUCAUUAUCACUGGCCGAUCAACAACAGUGGCAAUCCGGGCCUCCACAUUAUCUAGCAACUGCUGCAGCAUCAUCAGGAUUCCCACAACAGAUAAGACCCUCUUCUCAAGGUUGGCUGCAGAAAAAUGGGUUCCACACUCUCAUGAGACCCUCAUGACCCUAUAUAGAAAAAUUCUGCUUCGCCAGUUACAUUCAAAUAAUCUCAAUCUGCUCCCUAAGUAAUAUCACCCUCCUCAGCUCCACCAAAAAAAAUAUUGUUUUCUUUUCUUAGCAUGUAAAAAUGGAUGCAGUGUUAGACUGUGUCCAUGUCCAAGUCCAACCCAGCCCCUCCUUUAGGAAGCCCAUACAAGACCACAACUUUACUAUUGAGGUGAAAAGAAAGGAUAAAAGGAAAAAAAGAAUCCAAAUUGGGAACUUAUUACUGGUCUUGGUCUGGGUCAGUCAAACUAACAAACGGACGAAAUCUUUAACUAGAUAUUCUGGGCUCUGACUAAAAAUUAUGAUCUUAUAUAACUCUGAUUUAUUGCUUUUCUGCGUUAUGGUAUUUAUGACAGCACCUAUUCGUUUCUUAAUUUGGGAUGUAUUGCUAUCACAUACACAUGGUUGUCAAUUUGUUCCUUAUUUCUCUUUGGAUUGGGAUUGGUCUUGAAAACUUUUCCAAGGAAAGAUGCUAGCUUUGGUUGCUUUGAAGGGCAAUGCUGGCUUGUUUAGCUUGACAAAAAACGUUGAGACAAAUCUAGCUAAAGCUUAAACCAGCAAAAAGAUACAAAUAAAAAAUAAAAUUAUGAAGCGGAGAAUUGUGUAUCCAUAGGUGUAGGGUGGUGCUUGAGGCAGGGAAAUCAGAGAUACAAAAUGGUUUAUUUUCUGGUGUCUUGGAAAUAUCAUCGGAUGGUGAUGAAUAGUCUCCAUCAACGGUGUCCUUUGAAUCAGUUCUCUCGGCCAAAAGCAGUCAGACAAAGCCAUUAUGAUGAGAGGGACCUAUCAUUGUUCGUCUAAAGCUUCAAAAGGACACUGAUACAUGGAGUGAGAGAGAGAAAAAGAAGCGACCAAAAGGGUAUAAUGGCGAAGGGGUUUGAUGGGGGUUAAGUUUAACGCUUUAACCGGCUCCGCCAGUUUUAACCUUUACGACAAAACAGAAAAGUAAGUGCAUAAUAACAAUGUUAAUUAAAAGCAAAAACAGGUGUUUGUUUUAUCAUAUAAUAUAAUAUGAUGUGCAAUGUACUUUUGUGGAGCAGAGGCUUCAUUGGUUAAUGUAUUGGUUGGGUUCAA